AUGUCAUUUCCACGUGUCAGCGCGUGUAAUUCGCCCAAACUAUUGGAGUGCGGUAUCAGUGUUGAAGUCUACAUGGAGCACUUAAAAAAAUCCACAUUAGCCGAGGACUUGAGCGAUCUAGAGAACGACUUUAAGCACAACUUGAAUUUGUUAAGGCUGAAGGAUUUGGAAAUUCAACGAUGCAGCGUCGCAAAUAAAACACUACAAGAGUCGCUUACGGCGAGGCUGGCUGAAAUCGACGAGCUUAACCAGAGCGUAAUAAAGCUGGAAAGUGCCCUGCAAAUGUCCGAGCUUAGGCGAGAUGAUGAAAAACAAAUUUGCAAGCAAACAGUGUCGUCGUUAACGAAGACUUUAGACGAUGUACAGCGGGGGAUGAACCGGCGGCUUGAGGAAUUGCGAAGUGAGUACGAUGAGAAAGUGGAGAAAUUGGAACUGCACCAUAAGAACGUCUUGGAGGAGCGCGAUCGGGAUGGUCGGCAAAAAAUUCGCAAUUUGGAGGAUCGAUUGGAGAGGGCAAUUGUUGCGAGAUCAAAAGGUGAAAACCAAUUACAGUCCCUUAAGGAGGAGAAUAUGAAAUUACGAAACCAACUGGGACAAAUUGAAUCCGAACAUUACUCGCAACGAUUCGCAACCAAAAAGCAGAUCACCGACUUGGAAAAUAUCAACAGCAAUUUAAAUAAGGAAAUUGAAUCUACAAAAAUGCGUUACGAAAACGCCGAGAGGGAAGUUGAAAAAUUGAAAUGCGAGAACGAUAUUUUAAAUGGGGAGAUAAUCACGAACCGCGAAAAAGUUUAUAAUUUAAUUACUCAAAGUAAGAUCGCCGUUUCGGAAAAUGCGAGACUGAAGGCGGAGGGCCUGGAGAAGGAAAAGUUGCACAAAGGGUUGCUCGCAAACAAUGAACGCCUCGAAAGCGAUAGACGUGAGUUGGAGCUCGAGUGCGACGAGUUGAGGGCGGUUAUUAAGGAAAAUUCUAAUCCCCAUUGCCGAGAGCCGUCUCAUAGUAAUUUCGAUUUUGUAUUGAAGCAGAAUGUCGUUUUGAAAGAAUUAGUUAAACAAAUGAAGAAGGAGAAGGAGGAUCUUAACAUGUACAAUAGGGAGGCAGAAGAUAGGAUUAAUAAGUUGGAAGAUUUGAUGAAUACCCUUAAAAAGAAAUUGUGUGUCGAGCAAACAAAUUAG